AUGGCACUUGUGGAUAUGCGGAUAGUGGUUUUGAAAACCUGGGCCCCCUCUUCCCUGAAUGCAAAUCAUUGUCACAAUCCCAGGAGAGAUAAACAGGCAAGGACCGAGGAAGAAGAACUACAGGUAGGACUCAAAUACAAAUCCAUGAUCAUCCCUGAUGGUAGAUUGUAUAGCUGCACAGGAUUUCCCCAGGGUUUUGAAUGCAGGGGGGAGCUUGAGAUUGGAGGACGGCCCAUGGCACGGCUGUGCAUAGCACUCAUCUGGACUUCCCUUGCUAUGCAACCAGCCUGACCACGAGACUGGGAGACUAAGCCUUUCAGAGCCACCUGGAAGACAAACAGACUGUGCUCCCUGAGGUACGACAUCGUACUGAACCUGGAAAUGUUCCAUAUAAUUGGAAGCCCAUUAACUAAAGCAAGAGGGAAGAAUGUGACCAUAUUUUAUUUUAAUAGGCUCAACUACUAUUGUAGGUACACAUUACAAAAAGUCCCUGUUACUGGUGGCCUACCCCAGAACUUCAGCUUGCAAACUCAUCUGGAAAAAGCUGGCUGUGAUGUUAACUAUCACAACCCAGCUACGGACUUCAGUGAAUUAGCUGUCACAGAUUGGGAGUACUGGAGGCCUCAGUGGGCCUGAAACUGGGAUGCAAAAGAUGGCUACAGAAGAAAGUGCAAGAAGCUCAAAACCAAAAUGGAAGGGAAUAUUUCAGCAAAUGAUGUCGCACACUUAAGCAGACUUUCCUUUGAAGAAAGCACAAAAGCUUUUAUGAAGGAAACCAUUGCAUUAGGAAUGAAAAGCAGACCGAAGUGUCUGUGGCGAUACUGUUUAUACCCUGCCUGUCACAGUUGCAAUUUCUGUGAUCAGAACUACCCUGGUUGCUGCCGAGAGAAUGAAGUUUUGAGGAACAAUGAACUUUCCUGGCUCUGGGAUGGCAGCGCAGCCCUGUAUCCUUCCAUUGGCUUCAGGAAAUCCCUUGGAAACAGUCAAAACACAUUCCACUUUUCUCAGUUUAGGGUGAAUGAAUCCAUAAGAAUUUCCUCUAUGACCCAAGAUUAAGUUUUGCCUGUAUUUGUGUAUACUUGACUAGGUUAUAGAGAUGAACCUUUAUUAUUUCUCUCUGUGCAGGAUCCAAUGAACAUUAUCAGAGAGAGUGCCCUGGGAGCUGCAGGCACUGUUAUUUGUCCAGAUAUGAAUUUAACUUCUUCAGUGAGUAACUGCACAAAAGUGCAAAAAUUCAUUGAUUCAGAAUUAGGGCCCUACAUUAUUGGUGUCACAGCAGCAGCUGAGGUGUGCAGCAGGCAUCUUUGUCAGGACAAUGGAUGAUGUGUGUGAAGAACCUGAAGACCCUUGACAUAUCUGCAUUUAAAUCCUAAAAGCUUCCGGAUAGACGCCUUGGAGGACCAAGGGUUUAUUGUGAGAGCAGAAGCAUCAAAUGAAGAUCCGGCAAUACUGGCAGAGACAUUUGUCUGCCACUGUUAUCGGGGUUCUGAAGGAACUGACUGUGCGGGAGUUAAAGUUGCUAAUGACCAUCCAGAGAGCUUGCAGACUCUGUCCCACCCAGAAGAUUUGCAGUGA